ACUAUCCGGGCAUUUUCUUCAUUUUUAAAACCCCACCACCACACUUCAUAUUCAACCUCCACCCACCAUCACCCUCCACCAUCACACAGGUGAUUGAAACCGUGUUAUUUAUGUCGGGUUUGAACACCCUUUUGCAAACUUUGAUCGGUAACAGGCUUCCUACGGUCAUGGGACCGUCUUUUGCUUAUAUCUUAUCUGUGUUGGCAAUCAUAAAUGAUUUUGCAGAUGAAGAUUUCUCAUCUGAGCAUCAGAGAUUUGAACACACUAUAAGGGCUAUUCAAGGAGCCUUGAUAAUAUCUUCAUUCUUCAAUAUUAUUAUCGGAUUUAGUAGGGCAUGGGGAGACUUCAAUAAGUUUUUCAGUCCUGUUGUUAUCGUUGCAUACGUUUGUGUAAUCGGUCUUCGUUUAUUUGGAAGGGGGUUUCCUGAGGUAAUAAUGUUCGGUUCAUCGGGCCCACUCUGUUCUCGAAAGAUUCGCAUUGCUUUUUUGUAUUGCACUUGUGUGGGCUUUUGCUGCUAUCCUCACUGUAGCCGGUGCUUAUAAUAACGUCGGUCAGCAAACAAAGCUUAGUUGCAGGACGGAUCGUUCCUAUCUCAUUGAAUCCGCUCCAUGGUACAUACAAUUUUUGUCCUUUAUGAAUACGACCGGUGCCGUGGCUGUUGCGGU